CAAAAUCAUAACGUGAUUGAAAUCAGUUCAUCAGAGUAAAUCCGAAGCUCCUAUACAUAUACAGUAGUGACAAAAUCAUAACGUGUGAUUCGACCGGAUUAAGAUGAGAGAAGUCGGUGGCAGAAGACGGCGCCGUAUCGCCCUGGGGAACUGCCCGAAGCGGCCAAGCCUUUCCAUUUCCUCAACGCCUUCACCUUCAUCCCUUAACGGCACACAGACUCAUUAAAGAUAAAACCGUUCUCUCUCAUUCCCCAAAAUAAGGAAGAAAAAGAAAUUUUCAGAGAGCAAAUAUCGUUCACUCAACUCGGUAUUGUCAAAUUCGGAAAAUGACAUGCCAAAUGAUACAUUCGUGGAGGUUUAACGAGCUAGUGGGUGCUUUUCUGGAUCUUGCAAUAGCCUAUCUUUUACUUUGUGCUGCAGCUGUUGCCUUUUUUACCUCCAAAUUUGUGAGUUUGUUUGGAUUGUGUCUGCCAUGCCCUUGUGAUGGGUUUUUUGGGACCCCCAGGAAAAGUCACUGCUUUCAAAGGCAAUUCGCAGAUGCCCCAUGUGAGAAAAUCUCUGCAGUUCAAUGGGCAGUGAAGAGCAAGUUCCCUUUUGAUGUACUAUGGUCUGAAGACUCAAAUAUCAAUUCUAAGUCCAAGUUCGUAAAUGAGACAUAUUAUGAGAAUGGGCAUUUUGAGUUUGAAGGUGAAGCGUCAUGUAGCUCAUUGUCAGAAAGGAGGUUGCUAGAUAUGGUUGGGAGUGAUUCAGUUGCCGAGAAUGAACAGAGUGUUGAGUUUGGUGUAGCAAACUUGGAAGCUGGGAAGGAACAACAUUUUGAACUUAAGCCAAAGAAGGUUUCGGGUCGAAGGCCGAGACUUCGCCGCCGCCGCAGAGGGGGCUCUGUUGAUUAUGGAAAGCCAGUAUCAGUUUCAUCAUAUGACGUGUUCCACUCAGAUGCAGGGGACAUUUCUACAUCUCCUUCCAGCAUUAGUAAAAUGGGGAAUGAUGUUACUGAAGUUCUUGUCAAUUCAGGAGAUUGCACUGAAGCUCCUACAUAUAUUAGUUCGCCGGAUAGCGUUUCACGUCCUGAGUUUAAAGAAUCUAUUGAUGAAACUAAACCGACAGGGAAGGAUGGAUCAGUUGUUGAAGAUUCUGGGUGCAAAGCAGGAGAGAAGCAAGGUUUUGACAGUAAUGAGACAACUACAGCUAGAGUACUGGAACAGGCUCUUGAAGAAGAGCAUGCUGCUCGUGCUGCUCUCUAUCUUGAACUGGAGAAGGAGAGAAGUGCUGCUGCAACUGCUGCAGAUGAGGCCAUGGCCAUGAUAUUGCGCCUGCAAGAGGAGAAGGCAUCAAUAGAAAUGGAGGCAAGGCAAUAUCAAAGGAUGAUAGAGGAAAAAUCUGCUUAUGAUGCUGAAGAAAUGAACAUUCUCAAAGAGAUCUUAGUUAGGAGGGAGAGGGAAAAGCAUUUCUUGGUGAAGGAAGUUGAAGAAUUCAGACAAAUGUUUUUUGGAGAAGAUCAAGUGGAUUUUGACAUGCAUGAUGUGGCUACUACACAAGCACGAAAGCCUGCACUGCAUUCAAGUGAGGAUCAGGUACCCAUGCUGCAGUGGACGAGUGAAUCCAUCGCUGAGGAGCCAAAGCUGGAAAUGAAACGCAGUUCUCCAGAUUAUGAGGUCCCAUCAACUGAGAUAAAAAAUCUUACUCUUACUCUUGGAAACGAACUACCAAUUCCGGACUUGGAGGGAGAUGUUGACUCUUUGAAGCAGGUUGACAUGCAUUUGCAUCCAAGCAUUGACAGCCAUCCACGUUUCUUAGAUAGUACUGAUGAUAUCAGUCACGAGUUUCAAGAAAAAGAAGUGGUGUCUAUGGAUGAGAAACCAGUUUCUCAAGGAAAAUAUGUCCAGAGACUAGAGGUAUAUCGAAAACACAGCCAGUCACCUGAUCCCCAGGGACUUGGUUUGCAUAAAAAUAUUGUACCUCCCAUUGAGCAGGAAUUCAAUUUAGCUGGUAGCACUAAUAUAUGUGAAGGGUUGGCUUCAAAGACAUCUGGGAUUGGUACUGAAAAUAGGACUUCUAUUCCGUACAAUAAUGAUAAGAUAGACAAGCAUUGGAACAACCAGGAUGAGGGAAGCAAAGAUCCACAUAGCACAGUGUUUAACACACAGGCUGGUGUUUUCGAUGUUCACGUUAUUGAUGACAAGUCUCAUCUGUGUAAUGAAAUGAGUGCUGAGAAAAGUGAACAGCUACCAGCGAAUGCUACCUUAGACAUUUCUGGAAAACGCGAUAUUCCAACUACAACUGGGUUGAAAACUCAGCGUAAAAUCCAGAGAGUUAGUUCAGACACGGCUAGUGUAUUGCUAACAAUGGGUUGCCCUCGAGGCAGAUCUUUACCUUCUGAUAUGAGGAGAAAUUCCAUGUCUGCAAUUGAUUAUGAAAGAUUUAAAAUUGAUAAUGAAGUCGAGCGGCUUAGAGAAAGGUUAAGGAUUGUGCAAGAGGGAAGAGAGAAGCUCAACUUCUCAGUGGGGCACAGAGAAAGGGAAAGAAUUCAGCUGCAACUUUUGGAAGAUAUAGCAAGCCAGCUUCGAGAGAUUCGGCAGUUAACUGAGCCUGGAAAGGCCGAGUGCCAGGCUGGAAUGCUGCCUCCACUAUCUAAGGUUAUGUCCAAGAAAAGACGAUGGCGAACUUUACCUCUACAAGUGCAUAGAAGUACUUAAAAGGGCAGGAGCUGUACUCUCAUACAAGUAAUGUUGAUGGGAAGCUGGUUAUGUUGAUUUUCAGACAUUGCAGGGAAGCGCUUUCAGCUUAGCAACAC